ACAGUGCCAAUGUGAAUUAAAGAAGUUUCCUAAAACAAAAGCCAUAAAAAGUACAUGGACGGCCUUCGUGCCACCUCAAGUUGCACUGGCUGCGGAGACAGGAGUUUGGAGUUGAGCAGAAAAUCAAUAAACGACUUGACUUCCCCUUUUUGCCUUGGCCUCGGCGCUUCCUGGCCUGCAACCAGAAACAAAAUCUGGCUAACAAAAAACAAUCACACACACCCCCGGCUCGAACAAAAGCAAUUGUUCGUCGUGGACAAUAUCGAACUGCCUGCAGUGACACAAUUUUUAGCCAUAUAGCCAUAAAGUAGUGGAGGACUGCCGACCACCAAGCCCACUCAAUAUAUUUUCGGUUUCCGCUCAUUUAUCUUUUUUUUUUUAUUAAGAACAUUUAGCACAGCAGACUAAAUUUAGCCAGCCCGACGUCGACUACAACGAUGAGCAGCAGCACUUACAAAAUUUGUCGCCAACUGCAGGCCGCGUAGCUCCGCACAGGAAAUGCCCCACAACUAUCAAUAGCCGAUAAACACACAUAUAUAUAGGAUACCUAUAUGUACGUGAAACCAAUACCAAAAUCCGAUAGCAGGAAGCAGAAAGAAGCCAGGAAGCCGAAGAGAAGCCCCACAACCAGUUCCUAUGCAGUUAGAAUCGAGUUUAAAUGAAAUUGAGCAAGAGCCUGGCAAACUGUCGCGCCAUCCGGCGGUACUUGCUCAUCUUCACGGCCUUGUCGCUGCUCCUGCUGCCCCUCUCGCUCGUCUACCUGGUGUGGAACGAGCAGCUGCAGAAGAUCCGGGGAUUCGAGGCCUUUAAUGUGCAACAGCAGCCGCAGUCGCAACAGCAGCAGCAUCAACAGGAGCAGCAGCAUCGCGAGCAGCAGCAGCAACAUCAGCAAUCGCAGUAUCCGGUAGCCCGGUAUCCGGUGCUGCUGCUGAACAAGAACAAAAACAAGGACCUGACCGUGGUGGCAACGGGCAAGACAAAGAACAAGUGGCGCUAUGUUGAUAAAGACAGCAACCAGACACUCCUGCCCCUCAUACCCGAGUAUGCCGUGCAGAGUCUCACGCCGCAGGAAAUGCUUCAGGUGGAGCAGCGGAUGGAUCAGCGGAGGGAGCGCCUGAAGGACAAGUGCUCCGCCUACGGCCUAGACGUCCUAGGUCACGACUCGUGGCACACCCCAAACACGUGGGAAUUUUUGGUCAAUAAAAAGUAUCACAUUAUAUGGUGCAAUGUCUUUAAGGCCGCCUCGUCGUCGUGGAUGUUCAACUUCAAUGUCCUGGCCGGCUACUCACCCAGUUAUCUGCGCAAAACCAAAAAGAUUCUCCUCAAUCUGGCCAGGGAGCGCUAUCCCCGCGUUACACUCGACGAGCUGCGUGAGGCCCAGAACUACUCGCUUACCUUCAUUAUUGCCCGCAAUCCCUUCGAGCGUCUGUUGAGCGCCUACCGCGACAAGAUGGUGUUCGCCCUGCCCUACUCCUUCCAUGACAAAUUGGGACGCAGCAUCGUGCGAAACUAUCGCAAGAAGCCUUCUCUGGCUGCUCGGGCGGCCAAUACCAAGUUCCCCUCGUUCCCGGAGUUUGUGCACUGGCUUCUCGACCAGGUGAAGCGGGGCAGCUUCAUCGACAUGCACUUCGUAGCGGCCACCUCCUUCUGCACUCCCUGCCUCAUCCGGUUCGACAUGAUACUGAAGUUCGAGUCCCUGGCGGAGGAUCAAUUAUAUCUAAUCGAAAAGACUGGCCUGAAUCGGGUGAUAGCCCCCGUGUGGCGCAACAUGGGCAAGGGCCGCAAGACGCACGAGCUCCAGCAGCAGUUCUAUGCACAGCUAACGCGACAAGAGAUGCUGGAGCUCUAUGAGUAUUACAAAUACGACUUUGAGCUGUUUGACUAUGACAUCCAGGAGUAUCUGCAGGUGGCCAGGCCCGACGAGGUAGACAGUCCUGCGGGCCCUAAGAAUUAAUCCCAGCCCUUAACUUUUAGACUUUGCUAACAACCAAUGAAUCAAGUUCAACGAACUCACAUAUUAGCCGUCACAGUACGUAAUUGCAAAUGUUGAUAAUACUGAAUGAAAACAAUAAUAAACUUAAC